AUGCUCGUCAUUCUUGGUAUAUGUGGGAUCAACACUGUCUACGAUCUUAUUCUUAUCACUGAUAUCUUAUCUUCUGGCCCUGAAGAGAUCACAAUAGAAGGAUAUUCAACACAUUUUGGCAUUGCCGAGGGCUCGUUGGUUUCCGUAUCACGAAAUGGAUAUCAUCCGAAUGUGCCUAGAGAAACACAAGGUGGCGAAUCUCUUUACUUGAAGAGGAACGUGGAUUCUGAAGGCCACUACAAACACAUUGAAUACUUCAUACUGUUGAGAAGAAAUCCAGGUGAACAUUUUCAAAGAAUACUGCUUUCAAGCAACCUAAUUUCAGACCACAGAUGUGGGACGUACUUAAAGGAUUCCUUUCUUGGUCAAGUGGCCAACAAGUACACAUGGAUUCGGAUUCAUAUGGCCAUUAGCAAUCUCAACCAUGAUGGAUGA